AUGUUAAUCACCGGACUGUCUUCGUUGGCUUGCCUAUUGGCUUGCGCUUCAGCCAGCUAUGCCCACUCGACCAAGUAUCUAAUGGUCUUUGGUGAUUCAUAUUCCACAACGGGCUCCUUGGCAGACGGUGAAGCCCCUUCACCCGCCAACCCCAUCGGAAAUCCAAGCCUCCCAGGUAUUACGACCAGUGGUGGUCUGAACUGGGUCGGACAGGCCAUCUCCCAGCUCAACUCAUCCCUCGUCCUGUCUUACGACCUUGCCGUCACGAACGCCACCGUUGACGAGGCGAUUGUAAGCAACGCGGCUGGAUCAGGAGUGGACGACCAGGUCGCCCUGUUCGGACAGCACGUCGCCAAAGCUGGAACCUGGACUGCAGCAGAUACCCUUACCGCUGUCUGGGUCGGCAUCAACGACGUUGGCCUCCCGUGGCAGCUGGGGGAGGAGCCGCCCAUCGAGACAGUUCUGCAGAGAUACCUAGAGCUGCUGAAAAUUCUCUACACCAACGGUCUCAGAAGAUUUGUUCUUUUCACACUGCCUCCAUUUGAUCAAGCACCUGGGGUCCUUGGCGCUCCGGAGGAGGCACAGGAUUUCCUCCGCAGCUACAUCGACACCUACAACAACGGUGUCGGGGGUAUUCUGAAGGAGUUGAAGGCCUGCCACCACGACGUGAGAGGACAGGUCUUCGACACCGCUCCGGCGUUCCGAAGGGCGCUCGAGAGCCCGGAGACGUAUGGUGCUCCGAACGCGACCUGCUUCAACAGCGACGGGGUGAGCUGUCUCUGGACUGAUUAUUUCCAUCCUGGUGUUGCUAUCCAGGAACUCGUGGCGGAGGAUCUCGUCAAGGAGACUGGAUUCUUCUAA